AUUACGAAGUCACUGGCCCAGUUUGUAUCAAAAGUUGGCAUCAAAUGUUUCCUGAGCAGGUGAAAAAACUGUUCACCAUGUUGGCUAUCAAUUUCAACACAUUAACAGAUAUUUAUCAUGAUGCUAAGGAUUUUGAUAACGGUUUGUGUGUCAUUUUACCCUUUGGUGAACUUGGAAGAGGCGAUACUCUUUGCUAUAAAUUUUUUAUCCUAAUCAAAAUUAGGUGA